CACUAAGAGUGUCCACUGCGUCAACCGACUGUGAAUUUAGCCAGGUGUCGGUUUAUGCCGCUUUAUUAGCAUUAUUGUUUUCAGUUGCCCUUACCUUUUAUUAAAUACGUUGUAUAUAUUUUGUUAGAAGAUUGUUUACAGAAAUGCCUAAAGGAGGUAGAAAAGGUGGCCACAAGGGUCGCAUGCGGACUUACACCAGCCCUGAGGAAAUAGAUGCUCAGAUGAAAGCAGAAAAGGAAAGAAAAAAGAACGAGCAAGAAGAGGGUGAAGAUGAAGGCGGAGCAAAGAAAGACGUGUCUGAAGACAAACUACCAGGAUCUGGUUCAGAUGAGAGUGAUGAUGACGACUCUGAGAGGAAAAAGACGGGUGUGGAGGGUUUGAUAGAAAUUGAGAAUCCUAACAGGGUGGCUCAGAAGUCCAAAAAGGUGACUCAGAUUGAACUGGAUGAACCUCGGCAGUUAUCUAGGAGAGAGAGGGAAGAAAUUGAGAAGCAGAAAGCAAAAGAGCGUUACAUGAAGAUGCAUUUGGCGGGGAAGACUGACCAGGCAAAAGCUGAUCUUGCACGCCUUGCCAUUAUUAGAAAACAGAGAGAGGAGGCGGCAAAAAAGAAAGACGAGGAGAAGAAAGCUAAAGAGGCGGCAGUGGCAGCGGCGGCAGCAGCGAGAGGAAUCAAUUCCCUCUCUCUAAAAUGAUGCAGAGUUCUUAUCUAAAAGAUUUUCACCUGUUCAUGGACUGGCGCAAUAUAUAUUUGACUAUUUUUAAAGGAAGUUCUAUGAAGAGUGUUUGGCAUUACUGUAUCUAUGAACAUUUUGAAAAAGGUCGAGGUGCCAUCAGUGGAGAGGAGUUGUGCAUCGUGUAUUUUACACCGGAGUAAUGACCUCAGGCCCUUCAGGAAGUAAAGCUACAAAUGACAAUACAUCGGUCUUCAUGAACACUUCGAAUCAUUUCAUCAUAUAAUUCAGGCUCUACUUAAACUCGUUGUGUUAUUCCAACUUUGCAAAUUGAGCUUUGCCACUUUUUUGUUUUUGAUCUUGCAUUGUAUAUAACUAACUCAUGGGAAAUAUUUCAAAUCAAUAUGAUAAAAAGUCAAACCUGUAAACUCUUCUGCUUGAUUUUUUUUUUUUGUAAUGGACCUAAAUCUGAAGAAGUCUUUUCUAGUCUUAAAGUCCUGCAGCCACGUUCUGCUUUAAGAGCUGAUCUUCCUCAACCUUCAAUGCAAACUCUAUGAUCGAGUCAGAAAAGAAAAUCAAUAUCACAGAUGUGUAUUUUAAAAGAAAAGAAGCUUGUAGUGCCUAACAGCUUUUAUUUGCAUUGAUGCCAACAAACAUGUUUAAAUGGACAUAUAAAGACUCUUUGUACCUCAGA